UCGCACGCAAAAAAUUUCCGUCUCCAUUUUUUCAAAAAACUAUUUAAACACAACAACAGAAGAAUCAACCACUUACACGGAAUAUUCAUCUACUACUCUCCAAUCAAAUCAGGAGGAUCUCGAAGAAAGUGGAGAAGUUGAAGGAAGUGGUAGUUAUGAUUAUGACUACGAGCCAGUAAUUGAAGCAACAACAAUUUCAGCUUCCAUGCCAGUUACAACAACAAUACCAACUAGUGCUCCAGACGCAUUAUCCAAUAUAACGGAAAAUUCAUUAAGCACUCAACAAACAAUUAAAGAGAUAUUUAACAACACUGAAAUAUUAAAGAAAGAAAACGAUCUGGUUAUAACCCGCAUUUUAACGCCUCCAGAGGACCUCGAAGUUAGUGAAGAGGAUGUAUAUGCUGGUAGUGGUGAUUAUAACUACGAGUCUGAAAUUAAAGAAACACCGAACACAACUUCUGAACCAGUUACAACAACAACUACAACGACCAGGGCUCCAGAGGUUUUAAGCACAUCAACGGAAAAUUCUUCGAUCACUGAUCAAUCAAAUCAGGAGUUUUUAAACAAUACUCAUACCUUAAUUAAAGAAAACGAUGCUGUAUUAACUCGACUAUCGACGCCCCCAGAGGACCUCGAAGUGAGUGAAGAAGUUGAAGGUAGUGGAGAUCACCGAGGUAGUGGAGAUCACCAUGGCAGUGGAGACCAUCAAGGCAGUGGGGAUGGUUUCAAUGGGCCACAGAUUGAAGGUACCCCAAGUAACGACCAGCACCUUAUUAACGAAGAUAUUAGCAGUAAUAUUUUAGAGAAUCAAAAGGAAGACUUUUAUUUUCAAACUGGCUGUAGCGGCUUGUCGGGUCGGCGACGUGCCUUCCUCGGCUCAAGAUUCCCUUCGUACGAUUCUCUGCGGCGCUCCUCGACGGCGUCGCUGCUCUCGUAUCUCUUCGUGCUACUGGUGGACUCCUGCGGCGUCGUUCUCCAACGGCGGCUCUCCAGUUCCACCCGGCUUGUAGGACUCAAAAGUCUGCACAACCUUCCUUUCGGGUCCGACCAGAAUGAUCCUGGGACCACCUGUGUCGUCGUAUUCCCUGAGGUCGGUCUGGCUCUAGCCUGA